GAAACUCUAAAGCAGUCCGUGCUACAACUUGUUUGGAUGGAGCUUCCUUUAAGCUACGCCAGCCGAACACGGAGACAACCUCUGCUGAUGUAGAAAUCCAUCUUUUGUAUCAUCAAAAGCUUUUCUUCUUUGCUUUAGAACAUAGAUUUUUUUGGAACCCUUUAGUUGGAGCCAACUUUUAUGCCGUAUACUAAGUUCUUGAUUACUAGUUAUCUGAGGCAAAUAAUGUUUGAAGGAAGGGAGUGGUUUCCCCUUGGUGUUGAAUUAGAGCUGUGGUGUUGAAUUAGAGCUGUGUUUAAAGCUGGCUAAUGCUCCCAGUGCUGAUGCGAUGUAUUCCACCAGUUGCCUGAAGGCUUGAUUGUUGGUAUAUCGAUCCGUCCAGCAUCGAUUACCAGUUGAAACUGCUAUCAACGAGUUCGGAAUUAUUCAGCAGGAUACUCCCAAAACCAUCCCUUUCCUCUUCCUGGAAAACAAUUUCUUUUUCUUCUUCCUCGAUUAAACAAUCAUUUCGUGUGGUCAGAAUCCUGAGACUUUGUCCAAUUAUGCAAGAAGUGGAACUAGGGAAGGCAGUUCCACCUGCCUAUAAAAACAAAGAUGCAGCAAUUCACCUCUCAACCUUGCCUUCUUCUUCAACUUCCUACACUCCCAUGGGGUCUUACUCAGGGCUAGAUGAGGCUGAGCAACGCUUGCUAGUGGUGGAUGUGAAUGAGAAUGAACAUGGAAGCGGGAAUGAAUCAUCAGAUGCUAAAAUUCAGAUAAGGGAACUGUCAAAAGUUUCAGACAAGAGUGUUCCAAUCCUGAACAAAGUCAACGCUGAUAUUCCUAGAGGCGUGAUCAUGGGAGUCAUAGGGCCUAGUGGCAGUGGAAAGUCUACAUUUUUAAGGGCUCUCAACAGAUUAUGGGAGCCUCCAUCCAAGACUGUUUUUUUGGAUGGUCAAGACAUUGGUGACCUCGAUGUACUUGCUCUUCGUAGAAGAGUUGGCAUGCUUUUCCAGCUUCCUGCUCUGUUUGAAGGCACAGUGGCUGACAAUAUAAGAUAUGGGCCGCAGCUAAAGGGGAAGAAGCUGACUGACAAUGAGGUUUAUAAGUUGCUUACUCUUGCAGACCUGGAUUCUACUUUCUUCAGUAAAUCUGGUGGAGAGUUAUCUGUUGGUCAAGCUCAAAGAGUCGCUCUUGCUCGUACCUUAGCUAAUGAGCCAGAGGUUUUACUACUUGAUGAGCCGACUAGUGCCUUGGAUCCAAUUUCAACACAGAACAUAGAAGAUGUUCUUGUAAAAUUGAAGAAGGAAAAGGGGAUGACUAUAGUUAUGGUCUCUCACAGUAUCAAACAAAUCCAGAGGAUUGCUGAUGUAGUUUGCCUUCUUGUCGGUGGUGAGAUUGUUGAAAUCUUAAAACCUGAUAAACUAUCUGAAGCUAAGCAUCCUAUGGCAUUAAGGUUUCUUGAAUUGAGCAAUUAGCUUCUGCAAUAGGGAAAAGCAUAAUGACUUGACUUAAUAUAUGUGAAGUUAAUUACCAGUGCUUUUUAUGUUUUUUUUUUUGUACCCGUCUCAUUGUUUUCAGCUUUCCUGUGCUUUUGCAAGUGUAUUAUAUUAAAUUCUUGUGAUGUUUGAAGCUCAGAAUUCUUAUACCAAAUUACAUUUAUCCGCUGGACUUUGUAAGCCUAUAAAUGCCCCUAAAGCAGCUCAAGUAUGAUGAUUAGCUUUCGAUUGGCAAAGAAUGUUCACGGUGCCUUUAGAUUUACUCUGGAUGUGAAUAUAUAUGUUCGUUCAACCUGUU